AUCAAUUUGGUAUUUACUGUCGAUCCGUCACUACGCUACUUUAGUUGUGGGUUUUGCCCCAUCCGUGCCCAUCUCUCCUCAUUCUUCUAUGGACUACCAGCUUUUGAUCUUCACACCUAAUCUAGCAUAGCUUCUUGGGGAUCGCUGCAUUGGCUGCAUCGUCUUCAAAACUUCAACCUGUUAUGCCACAUCCCCCAUUUACGGUACCUGUCACGAUAAACAAAAAACUCCGAGUUUCACCAUUUGACAUCUCUAGGCUCAAACCUCGUCUCGUCUUUUGCUAGAAUUGUUCCACACCAAUUGGGCCCGUCCGUUGACUGACGUCUUACACCUACAACACAUACUGCGCAUAGUCUACUCAUAACUCACCGGCUCAUCACGAUCCUCGUUUUCCAGCUAUACUCAUUCUUGCAUGAGUUGACGUCUCGUCGUCUUCCAAUCUCCUCCUCCCUUUGAGCUCCAUCCCAACCAAACCUUCUCAACUCAGCCGUUUCGGAUCCUGCGCCUUAUCGAUUCGGAUGGUCGCCAGAUGCCCCAUGAUCCCAGUGUUUCAAGCUAACUCGCAAUUGGCAUUACUCUGUCGGACUUCAACCUCGACACACUACCAUCUCAGGGAUUCACCGCCAACACUUACUUCCCCCGGCCUUGACCAACCUGGUCAUCCCCCUCAGCUGAUCUUCUUGUUCUGCCUAUCCUGCAACGCCGACAGCCUACCGCCUUGCUGCGAACCACCAUCUGACACCGUUCACCCUGAGAGCUACGCCUCCAUAGCCCAUCACAUCCCAAUCCACCAGUGAAUGCCCCUCAGGCCCCUUGCUUCCACUCCUUCCAGCCUUUGCGGUACCGAUUCUUAGGCCAAGUCAACCUGUCGAUCUCCACUAUCUCGAACCAGCUCUAGCCAAUCACCACUCUCUUCAUUAACCAGGCUAAACCCCCCAGCCAUAGUACAUCAUGGCCGACCUCGCCCGCGAAGAGGCUGACCGUUACUUCUCUCACCGUAACCACCUGACUUCCCACCCAGAAGACAGGGACAGCAGUUCUCGAAGUUCAUCAGAAGAUCCCAACGAACGCAACUUUGACGGCUCUCGCUCAGACCCUGGCACCGACGACGACGACGAUCGCCAUAACAUGGCUACCAUAACUGCCACCAAGGCGAACUACAACAUUCCCUCUCAGACACAAUAUGCAAACACCGGUCCCAAGGGGGUCAUUGCCGACGCUCAAUCAUUCGCUCGCGCCAAACAAACCACCUUCCGCCAACGUCUGGUCAGCUUUGGUCGUAGCCUGGCCAACGCCAAACCCACCGAUUUGGAACACACCACAUCCGAGAAACACACAAAACCCUCUGAAUCAACAGCCUCGGAUUCUGACUCCCUUGGCCUGUCAGACGAAGACGCAGAUUCCGAAUUCAUGAAGACAUGGCGAGCAAAUCGCCUACAGGAGCUUUCGAACCAGUCAGCCGCACAGUAUUCCUCACAACGGCGACAAUCACCCAGUCAGAGAACAUGGGGAGUCUUGGCCGAAGUCGACGCCAAUGGUUACCUAGACGCCAUUGAAAAAGUCUCUGACGAAAGCGUGGUCGUCGUCAUGAUCUACGAUCCCCGCUCAACAUCCAGCAACGAAGUCCAAGACGAACUGACCAUGCUUGCCUACAAACACAACAAAACCCGCUUUGUCAUGUUACAUCAUGAAAUCGCCGAAAUGGACAUGGUCCGAAUCCCCGCCAUUCUCGCCUACAAGGCUGGAGAUGUCAUUGCCACCAUCUCUGGUGCCAAGGCAGAAGGUCUCGAAGAGACAUUGCUUCAAAAUCGAAUAUUGAGAUCAUAAUUUGGAGGAAUGUGUUUUAGAAAUCACGAUAGUACAAGAGAUACCCCUAACAAGAAGCCAACAAAUGUCCCAAUCACGCUCGAUCAACCACUACAACUCAUAACCCCAACCAUACCAUCCUUUGUCAAUCAGUUUACCAGCUUUUAUCACUAAUACCUCGUUUCCAUGUUUACUGCGGAGAAAAGGGUGUCUUUAGAGACUGGGCAUUGACAUUAACAUUAACGACGAUGAUGACGACAACCACCGCCACCACCACCACUACAUCCUCCUUGAUCCUCAUUUCUGGAUCUUCUUCUCCCCCAUCAUCAUCGAACCUUGACCUGCCACUGUUACCACCACGACCAACUACAGACCAAGCUAAAUCAUCUUACAAGCUGCCCACAUCAUGAUGGAGUGCUGAAUUCACCAAUGCGGUCACCACUGCGGGAUACUUGGGAUGCUGGGGGAUAAUUUGAAUAUUAGGCGACGACAUGUCUUGGGCCCUGGAUCAUGCAAAAUCGCUAGCAGGAACUUGGAGCUCUCCACUACACUACACUACCUCGACCGAUCUAUUUGGUCACGGCUCGCGCCGAUAUGGAUGUGUCAAAAAACCCAGGGCGGUGAAAGCACGUGCCUAUCAAUCAAUAAAUCAAUCAAUCAACACCGAUCUUCCAUUCUUUCCUCCCUAACUCCAAGCCCUCUCAACAUAUAUCUCCC